AUGAAGGCUUUCUCGUCGCUGCUGUUUGCUGGCGUGGCCGCGGCCGUGCCGACUGGUCAGGCCGCCGACGCCGACACGCCGGCGGCUACCGUCAAGUGCCCCAUUGUCUUUGACGGCCGCGUCCCGUCGACCCUGGCGCUCACCGACUUUGACUCGUACAGCAAAGGCUCGCCCUUUAACGCCGAGUACGUCAAGGGCAACGACCUCAAGUGGAGCGAGAUUCUGCUGCUGCCCAGCGUGCCCACGAGCCGCUUCGACGCCGCCGUCAACACGUCUGGCGCCGCCGCCUUCAAGGCCCUCGAGGUCACGCUGAGCGACAAGUCCAUCUUCCAGAAGCAAAACGGCUUUCGCCGCGCCGGUCUCCAGCUCAACGGCGACACCAACACGGGCAGCCCCGGCUUCACCGGCAUCAAGACGCUGCACUUUAGCGUCAAGCAGGACGCCCAGCGCCCGCUCAACCUGAGCCACGAGUACCUCAACGUCUGGCACGAGGCCAGCGACUACUCGGCCGACCAGAUCAUGUUCCAGGCGGGCACGCUGAUUGACCAGGCGGGCCUGCCCAAGAACACCUUCAAGGUGAUGAGCCGGCAGAACAAGCAGCUGUGGUCGACGCCCAUUUCGACGACCGACUGGCAAAACUUUGCCUUUACCCUGGAUUUCAACAAGAACACCGUCCAAGUUUACUACUCCAAGGGCACCGAUCCGUUGGCGUCCGUCCUCAAGGCCACGGCCGACGACCUCUCGGGUGCCGGCCAGUUCCAGAUCGGCAUCCUCAAGAAGCCGACGGGCACGAGCGAUGUCGUCAACAGCGGCUUCCAGGAGUCCGGCUUGAAAGAGGGCCAGAUUUAUGGCGGCAUCUUUAUCGAGGACAGCGCCAACGGCUGUAUCUCGUUGUAG